AAAGCUUCCCCAAAACAAACCCAUUCCGUCCCUUAUGGACAAAAAAAUUUUGCCACCCCCACAAACUCACGCCACUACAUUAAAAUCCACAAAACACACCCAACAACGUUCACGCACACCCUCACCAUCAAACUCCGAAACAUCAGCAUCCUUUUCGUCUACCACUUCGGAAAAAUCGUCUUCAACUACCACUUCAAAAAAACUCUCAUUUCGCUACUCAAUCCAAAACAUCCCUGCCCCACUCGCCACUCAAAAAAGCUUUUACUCUCACCUCAUUUCACUCGGCCUCCACCAAAUUGACUCUCUAAAAGUCAAUUACAACAAAUCCGCUCUUCUUGUUCUUUCCAGGCAACUUACCCCUAACCAAAUUUCAACGCUUCAAGCUGGCUUCCCUGGCUCGAAAAUCCAGUUCAAACUCUUAAACCCCACACGCCUCCUACCCCAAAUCGAACCCAAACCCAUCACUUUUUCCAUCGUUGUCAGAGACGUCAGCUCUGACAUCGAACCCCAAGACGUCAUUUCAGCCCUGAAUAAUUUCCACAUUCAAAAAGUUUGGCGCAUCAUUUCCGCCAAAACCAACAAACCAACUCCUCUCAUGCGUAUCGUGACACCGGACAAAACGGCGAUCGACACACUCCUGUCAAAUGGCCUUUCACUUUUCGGCCACGUUCACCCCUGCGAGCCGUCGCACCCCCCAAAACCAGCCCCUCUCCAGUGCGCCAAGUGCUUCACAUUUGGCCAUUCUUUUUCCCAAUGCCCCAACAAGCCCAUCUGCCCCACUUGCCCCGACAAUCAUCGGUCAAAACCGUGCCCUUCCGCAGUUUCAAACCCCAAAUGCCCCAAAUGCCAGGGGAAUCACCCCGCUUGGUCCCGAGAUUGCCCCCAAUUUAUCAAACCCUCCCAAAUGACCCCAGAAACCCCCGUCGUUCCCAUCAAAAUCGUUGACAAGGAAUUCGAUCCCGAAAAUUCUGACGACGACUCCGACGAGCGCGAACCCUUCGUUUCUGCCCGUCAAUUCCUACGCUUCAUCACAAAAACCCUUUUUGACCUUUUUCCGUUCGAGAAACAGAAAAUCCAAUCUGUUCUCGAACAUUCCGCUCGCGCUUGUCUCCGACGCGAUCUAAAAAUCUCACACUCAUCAAACAAAAUUCACUUCACUUUUGGAUAA